AUGUCAUACAAAUGGCAUCACAACUUUCCGAAAAUCGCAAGAGAAGCUGGUUUUACGAUACGUGAGCUUUCCGCAGGACAUUGCAUCGAUUGGCGUUUCAUUGCUUCCAUCGAUCCGUAUGGCAUUGUGAGCGAGCAAGAUUACGAAAAACUGGACGAAUUCAUUCCCCACAUAUCGGAAGUACCCAUCGGAAGCGUGUUAAAUAAUCGAAUUCUCGAUCCUGCGAUUGGAAAAUACUUCAUUCUAGCACAAUUCAGUAUUCAGUAUCUGUUGUUUUGUAAGCAGUUUCUGGAUGAAACGGUGCUGGAGAUAAGAAAUACCAUACAAAGCUUACAGGAAGAAAAUGCGCGCCUGGAGAAAAUGAACAAAAAACGCAACGAAGAGGUAACACUACUGCACAGGAAGCUACAACGGGUCGAAACCAUGGAACACCAACACUCGCAGGUGACAAGCGUCAUUUAUCCGUGUUCGAAAUGCACGAAAAACUUCAUUAGCCCGGAAUUGCUGAGUGCGCAUAUGGUACGGAAACAUGCAACUAUUGUCCGGCCAUCCGAAACUACCGCAUUCGAUCGUAAAGCGUCCACCACAGACACCAACCUGAUAAAUACCAUCAAACUGGAGUUGGAAGUAAAGCAGCUAAAGGAACGACUCAAUGCAGCUGAGAAAGAUCUCCACAACCAGCGAACGAAACACCAUCGAUGUCGUGUUUGUUCCGAAGAUAGUAGCAGUGCGACCGAGAAACCACCCGCCAAAAUACUCCACAGUGUUGGCAUUCAAAGCAACCUCACGGAUGAUAAGGAUUUAAACGAUAAGGAAGCGCAAACGCAAACCGAUACGCAAUUGGCAGUAGAAUCUGGUGCUGUUCCCACAAUCCAACCUAAGGAACCGGUCCAUUCCGCAGACCUUAUUUCGAAAUCAGAUUUGCAAUCCUUUUUGGAACAACAAAAGCUGCUUUUCGAAAGCUGGAAAACCAGUGAACGGCAAACACUCAACCGGGAAAUCGCAACCGUUAAACAGAACCUAGAUGAUGUUAUUCUCAACAUGGAAAGGUCGGAACGGAAUACCCCUGUACCGGAGGUAGAAGAUGCCAUUUGGAAGGUUAGAUAUAAAGAGUUGGAAAAAAUGUAUGAAGUUAGUCAGAAGCAGACACAACAAGCUAUUGGAUCGUUUGAACAGGCAUACACACAAAAGAUGGAACAGAUAGAGAAAUUACUUCUCCAAGCACGCCCGUUAGAACAAAACACAACUAAUACACCUGAUACCGCUGUGACGCACGUUAGUCAAAGAGUAUCCAACAAUUCGACUGGUUUAAAAGUGAUUACACUUCCAACGAUUGCCAUAGAAAGUGAAUCGUUAACUGAUCACACAAAGGUUAUGAAUGAAACCAUUUCACAUAGCCAAGUAGUGAUGUCUUCCGAAUCGGAACAAGCGGAAAGUGAUGAGGAUAUAGGGCAUGCCAUUGAAGUUGUUGGAAAACAUCAACCAACUCUCAAGGCACCUCAUCAUUCCAUAGCUGCGGCAAUACAAGAACCGUUCAAAGACACCAAGCCUCCAGUUCAAUCUUCCCAAAGUGCCUUGCUCAUUUCGCCCAAGAAACAAAUCUUGGCACAAUUCCGUGCACGGUUAAAAGCAAUUGGAGUCGAUCCCAAAUCAAAGCAACUGUUUGGUGAUCAUUUGAACGCAGCUUGCAAAGCUUUAGCAGAUCGACGGGAAGUUCAGAAACAAAAGCACAACCAUUUCUUCAUCACUCGUAAUCAGUUGCUCUCGAAAGUUGAUCAACUGACUCGAAUCAAAGUAGACGAGACGCCGCCAGCCAAGGGGGUCGUUCGAAAAAUGUCCGUCGAUCAGCCGAUCCUCACGAGGAAAGGAAUGCAUCCCACUUCCGCUAAAGCUCCCACAACCCAACCCCGGCUGAAAGCAUCUUCAGCACUUGAUUUACUUCCUUCAAAGCAAAAGUUACAUCUCCCGGAAAUGAUAAGCACAGUAGAAUCAACCGAUUUAAAUGUGUUUAAAGGCAAAACUACCUUACCACCGCCUGGGACCCAGAAACCGUCGUACAGGCCAACCAUAAAACUGACCGAUGACGAUAUCAUCACCGUGCACGCGGACAUGACACACUUGUCCGGUGCAGAAGAACCCACCACAACAUUGCCUAACAUGUCCAAGCGCGCUUCUUUUUCCAGUUACGAUCAGCAUGUGGAACGGUUGCUGCACACUCCCAUUAAGUCGAUUCAUCCGGCAAUCGCAAUAGGCAAGGUACAGAACCAUACGCACGGUUUGUUGUCUCAAGAAAAUCCACCGGACACCAGCGGUGCACAUGACGGCAUGUCAAUACAACCGAAACCGGUCCCAAAAAAGCGUGUGCUGUUUAAUUUGGACAAAGCAGAUUAUAUUCAAUCUACUGGAACAUCUGCGCCAGCCGGUCAACAGCAAACAACCGAAGAAUAUUUACGUAUACAGAAAAAAAUUGAGCACCAAAAUGUAAAAGUAGAUGAUGAAUCCGAUUGGAAUAUUAGCAGUUUUGAUGAAGAUAAAUGA